AUGCCACCUCAUCCUGCACAACAACGCCAAAUCGAGGACAUGCACCGUCCGAUUGCGUGUCCUUAUGCCCCGGGCUCUCAGCUGCUAAUUCAGUUUACCCCCGAAGGACAGCGUACCUCAUACCCUCUAUACUUCUCGGUGACAAAGACUUUCACUCCUUUCACCUCAUGCCAAGUUCUUGUUGUCGAGACAGAUAUGCAUUCUCGUCUCCCUCGUCGGCUGGUUCUCAAACUGGUUGAUCCCCGUUUUACGGAGCCAGGUAGCCAACCUGACCUUGGCAGGACAACUCCUUGGACUCCAGCCACGCAUCAGUCCUUCAUCACUGGUCUCACAAAUGUCCGCAACGGGCAAUGGCCCAAUUACUGGUCUUAUUUGGGACCCAUCACGGCCGACGUCACCCAACCUAUUCCGGAGGAUCUGCUUGAUAGUGAAAAUGGCGACUGGUACAGAGAGAUGGAGCAGUGGGAUAAUAUUUUGGCGACAUACAAUAAAGAAGUCUCCGCAUACAGGGCCCUGUCGUCCCUUCAGGGUACCCGUAUACCUCGCCUUUACGGGACAUGCCAAUACGCACCCACCGAUACCUCUCUCUACAUGGAUCCGAUCAUGGCGACCGUCAAUGGACUCGUACUCGAAUACAUCGACGGCGUUGCUAUCGACAAACUCGAAGUUGGGAAGUCCAUCACACCGGAUGACGCCGAGCGGGUCUCACUGGCGAUCAUAGACACAAUACGACGCGUUCGUAAUCUCAGAAUCAUUCACGGCGACAUCGCUCGUCGAAACAUACUCGUUCGCCGGGACGAUCCCGACCAUCCUGUUCUCAUCGACUUCGGCUCCGCUGGUCUCAAACCCUCCGAUGCGUCCAACGAGGACUGGGUAGACGCGGUUUCUGGCUUCGGUGACAUUCGCUCUGUUCGUUAUGUGCUUGAGGAUCAUGAUUGGCAUAUACCUUCCCCUCUGCGAAGAAGGGUGGAGCGUUGUAAUAGUGAAGUGGGAUAUACAUAUGCGAAUCGUGUGGUAGAGAAUAUGAAGGAAGGCCAGCGGGAAAAGUACUUCGAGAGAGUUUCGGAUGUGCCGCCAGACGAGAUAAAAAUCGGCGAGGAUGGGAAGAUACAUCGAUGGGAGCAUCUACGAUGGAGGUUGAAGAAAGGUGCUCGGACUUCUGAUGAGGACCUUGAAUGGAGGGGAUGA